AUGCCCCCUGUUGUUGAUGCUAACUUAAAUUUACACUUGCUAAAGAUGUUCUACUACCCAAUCUUCUUGAUGGCAAUGUUCAUAGUUCGCAAUAUUAGCUUCUGGAGUGCACUUUUAAAAGGCAUCUCAGCUGGAGACUGGAUCACUAAAUAUGGCACUGAAACUACCACAUGGAAAACUACAAUAAUUACAAAUCUUCUUUAUUGA